UCUGGUCUUUCAGUUUUGUGCUUUCAAAACAAGAAGAGGAUGAAGGACCCACUGCAGCUGCUCACAGGACUGAUAGUCAUCAUAGCUUGCUCUCAAUCUCUCUGUGCGUCAGACAUUUGCCGUGAGGCGGUGGCUCAUCUGCGGGAACAGAGGAAGCUUCUGAUGGGCCAGCUUCAGAAACAGGAACUCGUCUUACAAAGAUUAAAAUUGUUGAACCAACCUGCCAUUGAGAAUACGGCAAGAGUUGAACAGACCCAGGACACCGAGUACACAGACUGCUCCCAGCUCUUCGCCUCUGGCUUCAAAUCCAGUGGUUUCUACAGAAUCAAAACCAUCCGCGUCUACUGUGAUAUGAGUGAGGGAGGUGGUUGGACUGUCAUACAGAGACGGAUCAAUGGAACAGAGACAUUUAACAGGUCAUGGGCGGAGUAUAAGGAUGGUUUUGGAGACAUGAAUGCAGAAAUAGGAGAGUUUUGGCUUGGAAAUGACAACCUGCAUUACAUCACAGCACAAGGGAAUUAUUCUCUGAGGAUUAACCUUGAAGACUUUGAUGGUAACCAGCGCUAUGCUGAGUACAAGAACUUCAAAGUGGCUGAUGAAAAGGAUCACUACCGCCUUAGCUUUGGAGCCUAUGUAGGAACAGCUGGAGAUGCUCUGUCUGGAAGUCAUCAUUUUGGUGUGUCAGAGUGGGCCAGUCACCAGGGCAUGAAAUUCAGCACCUACGACCAGGACAAUGAUAACUACGAAAAAAACUGCGCCAAGGAAGACAAAGGAGGCUGGUGGUUCAACAAGUGUCACUCAGCCCAUCUUAAUGGCAUAUACUACCCCAAUGGCCACUACAGUGCAGUGACGGAUGAUGGUGUAGUUUGGUACACCUGGAGAGGAUGGUGGUAUUCCCUGAAGACCAGCAUCAUGAAGUUGCGACCCACUGACUUCAAAAUUGACCACACUGGCGACCCCAGUGCUGUUAAUCACGGUCCACCGUCCUAGAUCAGACACGAGCAGAUAU